AUGAAGAGAAUGAGAACGGACUUCAUGAUCUUGACCGCUGACACUUCACAAAUGGAUGAUGAGCUGAAGUGCACGUCCCUGGACACGCGCGACAAGUUCACCUGGCGCUUCACUCCGGAUGGUAGCUACUCGGCCUCCUCCGCGUAUCGCCUCCAGUUUGUGGGCUCCGUGCAGACAGCCUUCGUCCAGCUCAUCUGGAAGCCCUGGGCUACUCCGCGCUGUCGUCUCUUUGCUUGGCUCUUUGUCCAGAACAGGCUUAUGACGGCCGACAGGCUGCUUGCUCGAGGAUGGCCGAAUGGGUACUUCUGUCCGCUUUGCAUGCGGAGCCUCGAGACCGCGACACACCUCUUCAUCGAGUGCCCGUUCUCGCGGCAGGUUUGGGCCGGGGUGGCAAUCAUCGCCACGGCCCCAUCCCUCGCUCCCUCCUCCUGGGGGAACCACCACAGGUCCAUCGAUUGGAUGGCCGGCCUGUCUGAGGGGCUGCCUUCCCUGGAGGCAUCCCGUGUCCGUUCCUGGACGCUCCUGGUCCUCUGGCACUUAUGGCUUGAGCGAAACGCCCGCGUCUUCAUAGCCUCCCUCUCCCCGGUCCGCUCCCUGCUGGCUCGGAUCACCGACGAGGCGGCUGCUUGGGACUUGGCGGGUGCGAAGAUCUCCGUAGCUCGCGAGUAG